AUGAGGACAAUCAUUGAUGCAAAUAUAUCUCCGAUUUGUUCAUCAUCUCAAACAGAAUUCAUGUCAACAACAACAACAACAAAACAUCAUACACCUUAUCAUAGUCGAUUAAAUAUAUCCGAUGAAAAUAAUUUAUUUGAACAAGUCGAUGAAAUUGAUUAUUUAACUGAAUAUAUAUGUCCAAGUGAUAGUGAUGAUGACUCAUCCUAUUUUCGUAAUUAUGAUGAUGAUGAUAAAAAUAAUAAUGAUUUAUAUGUAAAAACUCAUUUAAAUAAACAGCAGUUGAAUUAUAUUGAUCAUGUACAAGAAAAAAAUUAUCAACGAUCAAAACGUUCAAAUAAAAAAAUAAAUGCACAACGUCAGAUUAAGACAAAACAUGCCAAAUCAAUCAAAAUUAAAUCACAUAAUAAACAUUUGUAUAUACAUCAUCGUUUAGCUAAAAAAGUUCGACUUGACGAACCAAGUUAUAAUUAUAUGCCAUCAUCUCAACCAGUUCCAUCAUAUACUUUAACUGAACUUCGAUCAAUUGUUAAUCAAUAUCGUCAUCCAUACAAUUCUUCAUAUAUAUAUUAUUCAACGCCAACAAGAAAAGCUCGACAUACAAAAAUUACUAAUGAUAUGUAUAUUGAUGAAUCUCAAACAAACUUAGCUGCAUUAGAAUUUCGAGAAUAUGCAUUACAUGAAUAUAACAUCCCUGAUGAACCUUCAUAUGAUGAUGCUAUGGUUAAUUUUCUUCUUGAAAUGCAAAAUCGUGAUCUUUCACCAGAAGAUUAUGAAAUGUUAUUACGUCUUGAUGAACGUGUACAACGAAAAACAGUUAACAAAAAUAUAUUAGAUACAUUACCAACAAUAAAAGUUACUGAAACGCAUUUAGAUGAUCAAUGUACAAUAUGUAUGGAAAAAUAUAAUCUUGAUCAAGAACUUAAAUUAUUACCAUGUACACAUAUAUUUCAUUCAAAUUGUAUUGAAACCUAUUUACAAGAAUUUUCUAUACAAUGUCCAUUAGAUAAUUUACCAUUAGUGUGA